AUGAGUUUACCUGAAAGUUCAAAUGUUUCCCUACAGAGUGAAAAUAAUUCCACUGCUUCUGAACCUAACGAUAUGCAAGAUGUAUUAAAAAUUUCCGACAUGCACUUUAAGGAACUAAACGAAAAUAUUAAGAACGCAGCAUACUACCUUAAAUAUUCUUGUACCUGCCUUCGCCAAUGCUAUGUUGACAGCCCCUCUUCUGUUAAAGAAUUUGUUGAUCUUCGUGGUAAAAUUACAAAUAACGCCAAGGUUUAUAACGAAAAGAUCUUGCCGUUUGCAGUUUUAGUUGUCAGAGGAGUCAAAGAUUGGAUUGAAACUUAUGAAGGGCUACCUUUUGAAAUAUUUAAAGAAAAUAUUGAUGAUUUUUCCACGUGGGUUUCCAAACAACAUGAACUCUCACAUUCUACUGCAGGAAUUCACGAAGAAAUUCUUAAGAGCUUCGAAAUUGAACAGAGAAAUACAAUCACGGCUUUAAAAGCACUGAAACAAAAUGCGAUCUUGAAUCGUGAACUGGUUACGCAAUUACGACCUUUAGCAGGACUUAAUUAUUCAUUAGCAGACAGAUUCCCGCGUUACAAUAUAAAUUUCAUGAUUAAGGCUGAAAAGGAGAUAUCCAACACAAUCGCAAAAAAUGAAGAAGCAAAAUUGGCAGAAAUAGCGGCGCAUAACAUCGAGAAACUUAAUAAAUCAAUAGAUAAGUUUAUUCGUUCUGUGAUAUGCAUUAAAGAAUUUUUUAACAUUCUUAAAGACGAGCUAUCUACCCUCGUGAGAAAUCCUGAUAAUGAACAAAUAAAAAUGCAUUACGACAAAUGUAGAAACCAUGCAAACGUCAUCAUCAAUAACUGUAUAUCUUAUAUUAACAUUAUUCCCUAUUGUGAAACCGAUCUUCAAGCUAUCCCCGACGAAUUUGAUAAAAAUUAUGUUGAGAAAUGGUUCGAGGAGAAAAAUAUAGAAAUUAAUAAUCAACAAAUAUCUUUACUAGAACGGGAAAAAGGGUUAAUCGUUAAAAUUAAUUCUGCUUCACAAAUGUAA